CAAAAAACAAAAAACAAAUACAUCUCUAUUCUCUAAUGGAACCUCUGUGUUGAGCUCCAUAUACAGUUUUCAAGCAAAUCUUGAGAUCAAUACACCAGCUGAUCCUCAACUCUUACCUCUCAUGGACUUCUUGCCUUAAAGGUUUUGUGAAGAUGGGUGGUGAAAAGUUUGGAUUUUUGAUCUGGGUUUCAUCCAUUUCUUGCCUACUCUGCCUCUGCCAUGGAUACGUACCUGCGGAUAACUACCUCAUCAACUAUGGAUCACCCAACAAUGUCACUGUGACCGGUCGUGUGUUCAUCUCUGAUACCCUUGCCUCAAACCUCUUAACCUCUACCAGCGAAACCCUCGCCGCAAGUAACCGCAACUCUGUUUCAGAUAUCUACCAGACGGCGAGAAUCUUCACCGGAAUCUCCAAGUACAGAUUCUCCGUCGCUCCAGGCCGUCACUGGCUUCGUCUCCAUUUCAGUCCUUUUCAUUACCAAACCUUCCAAAUGGAGUCAGCCAAAUUCUCUGUCUCGUCGCAGACACAUGUCUUCUUGAGUGAUUUCACCGUGAAGUCAAGAGUUAUUAUGAAGGAGUAUUAUCUGAACGUAGUCACGGAUCAUCUCGAGCUCACGUUUACUCCCUCCCGUAACUCGUUCGCAUUUGUCAACGCACUCGAGGUUGUCUCGGUUCCUGAUACACUGUUCAACGGUGAUCCUUCGUUCGCGGGGAGUCACGGGAGCUUUAACGAGUUGUCAUUGCAAGCUCUCGAGACGGUUCAUAGAUUAAACAUGGGCGGUCCGCGCGUUACACCUGAUAACGACACUCUUUCGAGGACUUGGGAGACAGAUUCUGAGUUUCUAGUAGAGAAGAAUCUAGUCAAGAACGUGUCUAAGAUUCCAAGCGUUCGUUAUAAACCCGAGUUCGCAACGGAGGAGACUGCUCCUAAAAGUGUAUACGGUACUUGCAGCGAGAUGAACUCCGGGGCUAACCCGGCUAGCAAUUUCAACGUGACGUGGGAGUUCGAAGUCGAAACCGGUUUCAAGUACUUUCUCCGGUUCCAUUUCUGCGAUAUCGUGAGCAAGUCGCUAAACCAGCUCUACUUCAAUCUUUACGUUGACUCGAUGAUGGUUGUGAGGGAUCUUGAUCUAAGCUCUUAUGAAAUAAACGCUCUAGCCGUUGCAUACGUGAUGGAUUUUGUGACGGAAUCAGAAAAGAAGAGUGAUAGAAUCCGUGUGAGCAUUGGUCGGUCGAGUAUACACGGUGUUUACCCUGAUGGGAUUCUAAACGGGUUAGAGAUCAUGAAGAUGAAUAACUCCAAAGGUCAGUUUAGUACAGGGACGUUUCUCCCUGCUGGUGGUUUAACCAAGAAGAAGAAUGUUGGUUUGAUCGUUGGUGCAACGGUUGGUUCUUUGAUUGCUUUAGUGGUUCUUGGAGGUUUCUUUAUACUGUUCAAGAAACGAAGAGGAGUUAAUCACUCAAAGACUUGGACUCCUUUGUCUACCAGUGGAAGUGGAGCUACUGUUGCGAGUUUAGCUUCUAACUCAAGCUACAGAAUCCCUCUAGCAGCUGUUAAAGAGGCGACAAACAGCUUCGACGAGAACCGUGCUAUUGGAGUGGGAGGUUUUGGUAGAGUGUACAAAGGAGUGCUUCAAGACGGCACGCAAGUAGCUGUUAAAAGAGGCAACCCCAAGUCACAACAAGGCUUUGCGGAGUUCAAGACGGAGAUCGAGAUGUUGUCUCAGUUCCGACACCGACAUUUGGUGUCUUUGAUCGGUUACUGCGACGAGAACAGGGAGAUGAUUCUUGUUUACGAGUACAUGGAGAACGGAACGUUGAAGAGUCAUCUCUACGGCUCUGGUUUACCUACCUUGAGUUGGAAGCAACGUCUCGAGAUAUGUAUUGGAUCAGCUAGAGGGUUGCAUUAUCUCCACACCGGUGACUCCAAAUCAGUGAUCCAUAGAGAUGUGAAGUCUGCGAACAUAUUGCUAGACGAGAAUCUCAUGGCGAAAGUUGCGGACUUUGGACUGUCUAAGACCGGACCAGAGAUAGACCAGACACAUGUGAGUACAGCUGUCAAAGGAAGCUUCGGUUAUCUCGACCCUGAGUACUUUAGAAGACAGCAGCUCACUGAGAAGUCAGAUGUUUACUCGUUCGGAGUCGUUAUGUUCGAGGUUCUCUGCGCGAGGCCCGUUAUAGACCCGACGCUUCCUAGAGAGACGGUGAACUUAGCGGAGUGGGCGAUGAAGUGGCAGAAGAAAGGACAGCUUGAGCAUGUUAUUGAUCAGUCGCUGCGCGGUGAGAUCGUACCUGAUUCGCUUAGGAAGUUUGGUGAGACGGGAGAGAAGUGUUUAGCUGAUUAUGGAGUCGAUAGGCCGUCGAUGGGAGAUGUGUUGUGGAAUCUUGAGUAUGCUUUGCAGCUUCAAGAAGCUGGGGUUGAUUGUGAUCAAGAAGAUGAUAAUAGUACCAACAUGAUCGGUGAGUUGCCUUUACGGUUUAAUGAUUAUAACAACCGUGGAGACACGAGUGUUAGUGUUGGUGUAGUAACUAGAGAGGGACGGUUUGGAGAAGGAGAAGAAGAAGAGUCGUGUGUUGAUGAUCUUUCAGGUGUUUCCAUGAGUAAAGUCUUCUCACAGCUCGUUAAAUCUGAAGGACGAUAAGAAUCUUUGUUCUGCUCAAACUUUUAUUUCUUCUGUACAUGAUUAACGAGUAGACUGUAAUUUAAUUAAGUAACCGGUUCGUUUCGGUUUAAUCACCUAACCGUGGAUUACGCUGACAUUAAAAUGAAGGCGUAACUACAUGUAACAAAACGCCAACGCAACACAAAAAACCCGUACCCAAACAGAAUUGAAACGCAAACGCGCUACAAGAAACCCUGAAACGAAAACGCGAAUCUCAAAACACAUUAACCGCCGAACCCGUAGAGACUGGAGAGUCCAAGAGAUGAGAAGAGAAUGGAGAUGAGGUGGAGAUCAGUAUAGAAGAUAAUUGUAUUUGUGAUUGAUUAGGUUCUCAGUAGCAAAAGCUACUAUAACAAUUAUAUGACAUAUGCAAAUGGAAAGAAAGUCUUGGCUUGUCACAUGCAGAUGAAGUAUAUUGUGGCUGUUGUUGUUGUGGAUGAUCUGAUGAAUAUGUUCCUAUCGUCCCAAGUUGAAACCACCAGAUCUAGCCAUCUGCAUUAGUUGCAAUAUUCCAAAACAUAAAUUACCAAUAGAUUUUUUUUUGCUAAUUUAGAAACAGUCUAAAGCUUACAGGAAAGUUUUGAGAGUGCAUCAUUGACAUAGGCAUUGUCAUGGAGUUGUUCUUUCUGAUGAAUUUCCAACGGAUAAUCAGAACUACCACCUGCAAAAAAAUCUACUACGCUUGUGAAUGAUCUAGCAGGUUUAGCUUCUAGCAUUUAGAAACACAUGCGUUGACAAUAAAAGAGUAGCACCUUUAUAUCCAGGUAAGGCAGGAAAGUCUUCAUUUUGGAUGCGGAACUCCUGGUAAAGAACCUAGAAAACCCACCAAAAGAUUAUGAGAGGAAAGUUUUUUUUUUUUUUUUUGAAAGAUUGAAAGCUAAGUUUGCUUUCUCUACUUUUACUCAUAUGAGUCUGGAGAAGAAUAGAUCACAACCGCAAAAAGAAGUCCAACUGGAAAUAUAAUUCCUUCCUCAAACAACCACUAUUACGCAAAUCACCUUUCUACUUAAUUUGAAGAGCAGUUCCUACUUACUCUACGAGAGACCCAUAAUCAUAAAAGUUUUUUCAUAGUUCCAUAAUAGAAAAUGGAAAGAACAGGAUAAAUCAUACACACCUUGAGGAUGACCACCCAGCAUCCGGUUCUGUCCCUGAACACUUAACCCUGACCCACUAUUAGCUCCCAAAUUUAGUCCAAGGUUGCCAACACCAUAGAUUCCUCCUCUGUUUGGGAUACCGGAAUGCCCAUGCGAGCUAUUAUGAGAUAACUACAGAAACAAUAAUUGAAAAAUAUGAGAUAUAUAUUAAGAAAAAAGAUGUUUUCAUAGAAUUUUUGAAACCAUUUGCAGCUGAGAGAGAGAGAGCAACAAGUAUGUUACUUGAACCAAAUCUUCCACUGGAAAAACUCCCAUUAAGUUGUUGUGCACCAGGAGAUGGUAGGUAUGCUAUUCAUACUUGAGUUUCUUGAUGAAAGUGUACUUGUGCAUAUGUUCCCGACAUUAUAGCCACCAUGAAGAAUAUGAAGUCCCUGAAGAAUUCCUGCAUGAAGAAAAACCGUGGUCCUAUGUAAGUUUCAGAACAGACGAGAAUAUA